CCAGGUGCGGAGUAACCCUUAGCCGCCGCGCGCCCUUCAGCCCGGAGCCAGCGUGGUUGAUCGUCUGGCGCCUGCGCGGCCUGGGUCUCGGAUUCUGGUCGCUCAGCAGUCAGCGUGGGCUAGGUAUCGCCAGGGUGGUGCACAGGAUCUCUUUUCGGCAACUUUGAACCAGUGCAAUGGCGACUGAGGUCAACGGGGCUCCCAAGGAUGCUGACCUGUGGCACUCGCACAAUAAAAUGCUGGCACAGCCGCUGAAGGACAACGACAUAGAGGUUUACAACAUCAUUAAGAAGGAAAGCAAACGGCAGAGGGUUGGAUUAGAGCUGAUCGCCUCAGAGAAUUUUGCCAGCAGAGCAGUUUUGGAGGCCCUGGGCUCUUGCCUAAAUAACAAGUACUCUGAGGGGUACCCAGGCCAGAGGUAUUAUGGUGGCACUGAGUUCAUCGAUGAGCUGGAGACCCUCUGUCAGAAGCGAGCCCUGCAGGUCUAUGGUCUGGACCCCCAGUGCUGGGGAGUCAACGUCCAGCCCUACUCAGGGUCCCCUGCCAACUUCGCAGUGUACACCGCCCUGGUGGAACCCCAUGGACGCAUCAUGGGCCUGGACCUGCCCGAUGGAGGCCAUCUGACCCACGGGUUCAUGACAGAUAAGAAGAAAAUCUCUGCUACGUCCAUCUUUUUUGAAUCUAUGCCCUACAAGGUGAACCCAGACACUGGCUACAUCAACUAUGACCAGCUGGAGGAGAACGCCCGCCUCUUCCACCCGAAGCUGAUUAUUGCAGGAACCAGCUGCUACUCCCGAAACCUGGAUUACGCUCGAUUGCGGAAGAUUGCCGAUGACAAUGGGGCAUAUCUCAUGGCUGACAUGGCACACAUCAGCGGGCUGGUGGCGGCUGGCGUGGUGCCCUCCCCCUUUGACCACUGCCAUGUGGUGUCCACCACCACCCACAAAACCCUGAGAGGCUGCCGGGCUGGCAUGAUCUUCUACAGGCGAGGAGUGUGCGGCGUGGAUCCCAAAACUGGCAAAGAGAUCCUGUACAACCUGGAGUCGCUCAUCAAUUCUGCUGUGUUCCCAGGACUGCAGGGAGGCCCCCACAACCACGCCAUUGCUGGGGUCGCCGUGGCUCUGAAGCAAGCCCUGACUCCAGAAUUCAGACUUUAUCAGCACCAGGUGGUGGCCAACUGCAGGGUUCUGGCUGAGACUUUAAUGGAACUGGGCUACAAAGUAGUAACAGGUGGUUCUGACAACCAUUUGAUCCUCGUGGAUCUCCGUUCCAAAGGCACGGAUGGUGGCAGGGCUGAGAAGGUGCUAGAAGCCUGUUCUAUUGCCUGCAACAAGAACACCUGCCCAGGUGACAAAAGCGCACUGAGGCCCAGUGGGCUGCGACUGGGGACCCCAGCACUGACGUCCCGUGGACUUCUGGAAAAAGAGUUCCAAAAAGUAGCCCUCUUCAUUCAUAAAGGGAUAGAACUGACUCUGCAGAUUCAGAACGACGUUGGUGUCAAGGCCACCCUGAAGGAGUUCAAGGAGAAACUGGUAGGGGAUGAGAAGCACCUUAGCAGCAUCAGAGCUCUCAGGGAGGAGGUAGAGAGCUUUGCAUCUCUUUUCCCUCUGCCUGGCCUGCUUGAUGCCUAGAGGAGACACCAGGACUGCCCGAGGCACUUACCCAAGGACACAGUGCCCUUCCCAGGAGAGAAGCACCGCCCCACACAGGAUCUGGUCAACUUCUCUGCGCUGAGGGUAUCUUUGGGACUUUUCUCAUGUUAUCUUUACAAAUCAAAAUCUGUUUAAGCCUCAUUGUUAGUAAGUCUGGGACAAAUUAUUAAGUUUAAAUCUGAACCUUACUACUAUAUGUAUAAU